AUUUGACUUCCUUCUUGCAAAGUUUCCUGUCUCGUUGUUGGCAUGUGUCAGCGUGUGCUGCGGCGUCCUCGUCUUCGUACUCCGGACCGGCACGACCUCAACGCGGCGUUUUUCUUCCAGCUCCGGCGGCAGACAAGGUCUUCCAGCGAGCAAUGAUGGUCCUCAGGUUGAAGACCUACCGGUUCUUGUUGUGGACAAUGAUAGUCUCAGUAGCAUCUCUCACGACCACGGGGACGGGGACGGAUGAACACGUUCUUCGCCAGGAAGCUUCCACUCCACCUGGAGGCGUCUCUGCAGAUCACGAACCUGAUGGGACGACACUCAAAACGGCGACUUUUAAAGACUCUCCAGAAGCAGCUGGCGAGGGGACUAUCUCUGGGACACAACCUAAAGACGGUCAUCAGUCGUCCAGACCUUCUCCGACAACGUCACCCAUCAUGGAGUUGGGAAUGAAUUCUACACCAGUCUUGAUCCGAAACCCCAGUCCUGAUCGGAUGUCCACGCCGCAGCCUCCUGAACCGUUGACCACAUCAGACUCAUCCCAAAACCUCAGCAGUCCUCCAGUUCCUCAAACAGCUACAAGAAGUCUGAUCUCCGCACCCGAGUCUCCUGAACCAAUGUUGUCCAACUCCGUCUCGUCGGACCCAUCUCAAAACCUCAGAAGCUCAUCAGGCUUUGGGACAACUGGAGGAACAUCGACUGAUCCGAUGUCCACACCACAGAAUCCCGAACCGUUGACCACCUCAGGCUUAUCCCAAAACCUCAGCAGUCGUUCAGUUUCUGAGACUAUAACCACAAAAGGCUGGAUCUCCACACCAGAGUCAACCCAACCGUCACUGUCCAACUCCCGCACCUCAGAGUCAUCCCAAAACAUCAGCAGUCAUUCAGUUUCUGAGACUACACCCACAAAAGUCUGGAUCUCCACGCCAGAGUCUACCCAACCGUCACUGUCCAACUCCCUCACCUCAGACUCAACCCAAAACAUCAGUAGUCCUUCAGUUUCUGAGACUACAGCCACAGAAGGCUGGAUCUCCACACCAGAGUCUACCCAACUGUCACUGUCCAACUCCCUCACCUCAGAGUCAUCCCAAAACAUCAGCAGUCAUUCAGUUUCUGAGACUACACCCACAAAAGUCUGGAUCUCCUCAUCAGAGUCAACCCAACCGUCACUGUCCAACUCCCUCACCUCAGAGUCAUCCCAAAACAUCAGCAGUCCUUCAGUUUCUGAGACUACACCCACAAAAGUCUGGAUCUCCACACCAGAGUCUACCCAACCGUCACUGUCCAACUCCCUCACCUCAGAGUCAUCCCAAAACAUCAGCAGUCCUUCAGUUUCUGAGACUACAGCCACAGAAGGCUGGAUCUCCACACCAGAGUCUACCCAACCGCCACUGUCCAACUCCCUCACCUCGGACUCAACCCAAAACCUCAGCAGUCCUUCAGUUUUCGAGACAAAGAGAAGAAGCCUGAUCUCCACACCAGAUCCUGAACCAUCAAGUCCUAUCACUGAGUCGUCUGCAGAACUAUCAAGGUCCAUCAGUUCCUCAUCUCCCACCAACUUCCCGGUAACCACAAGAACUCCACCCUGCGUCCCCUCGAAGGACCGACUCAGCGUGGAGGAGCAGUCCUGCUCCACCCGUGGCGUGGUCAAGCCCUGCCUCAUCGCCAUUGCCUUCCUGGCGGGGUUGGCCACCGUGUUCAUGGUGUCCACCAUCGCCCUCUGCACCAAGCUGUCCGCCAGGAAGUACCAAGUGAGGAGACCCAAAGAGGCGGACACGGAGAUGACCUUCAUGUCGGCGCUGAUGCCGGAAAGGUACUAUGCGGGCGUGCGGCAGCGCAGUCCGCCGGUGACUAACGGGGUCCGCGUGGACCACAGCUUGGGGGACAGCGAUGAGAACAUAAGCGAUAAUCUCACACUCAGCAGCUUCCUGCCGGAAAGUGAUCGAUUUGUGUAGACGGACAUCAAACGCAGACCUCUUGGAUGGAGGCGGAGCUUCAUAGUGCAGAUGGACUCUCACUUCAUCACACCACCUGUACUCAUGCAGUGUGGAAGAGCUCCAGCACUCCUGUCAUAUAGAUGAUCUUUGACACGCCCUUUUGGAAAUUGGUCCUUUAAAACAGCAAAGAACUCCUGUUGUAUACAUCGUCCUGUUGUAUAAAUCGUCUUUGAGUAAGGUUUUCUGUAUACUGUAAGUCUUUAAAAAUAGAACCCCUGUCAUAUAGAGGA